AUGAGUAAUCCUUUCGCUGAAACACAUAACAACUCAGAGAUGCGAUCGUAUCCUGUUCGUUCUGGUGCGUUCCCGUCGUUUGAAGGACCGCCAGUUCCUCCCGAUUCGACGAAGCCAAAUUUUAAGUCGACCAUACCACCAACCCCUCCUCCGAAGUCUCCAUGGCGGAGUCAAUUCUUAGCCAAUACAGAACGACAAGAAGUCAACGACACAGACGACUUCAACUUUAGUCACAAACCUUAUUCGGUCAUUAAUGACGAACAGUACUAUCAACCAUACAAUAUUAAUGAUGGCCAUGAUGAUGGACAUAACAUCAACGACACUACACAAAAGACAGCAGUAUAUGAUCAUUAUUACAAUAUCAAUACGAAUAGCCAUCAAGAGCCUCAGACGUUAAACUCGUCUUCAUCCCCAGAACUGAACCAAGCGCCUUAUGGUACAGAUGAAAUUCAACCCAUUACGCAACAAGAGAAAAAAAGCCACAGUUUAGGUAGCGGUCGACAUCGUAAACGUCCGACCCGACGGUUCUUCGCCCAAUAUACAUGGGCCAAUUUCCCCUAUUUGACUUACUUAUUCUCUGCUAUACAAAUCAUAGUGUUGAUUGUUGAGUUGGCCAAAAUGGGUAUCUAUACUGGGUCUCCAUUCCAAACACAACCUUAUUUCAAUCCAAUGAUAGGCCCUUCAACUUAUUUACUAGUCAAUAUGGGUGCAAGAUACGUUCCAUGUAUGCAAGCAUUACCAGGAAUAUCCAAUGAUACCACCAUCUUGUAUCCAUGUGCCAAUUCCACCAAUAUAGAUAGCUUCACGUGCUCCUUAUCUCAGUUCUGUGGAUUAAACGGCAUUCCAAUCGUCAAUAAUGAAUAUAAACCGAACCAAUGGUAUCGUGUCAUUAUACCCAUUUUCAUGCAUGCUGGGAUCAUUCAUAUCUUGUUUAAUUUAUUACUUCAAAUUCUUAUGGGGUCAAUAAUUGAACUGAAUAUCGGAAGCUUGCGAUAUUUUAUCAUAUAUUUCAUGAGUGGGAUCCUGGGGUUUCUUUUAGGUGCUAAUUUUGCUCCUGAUGGCAUUGCUUCAACCGGUGCUCUGGGUGCUUUAUUUGGUAUCUUGGCUAUAAAUAUGAUUUUAUUCAUAUGGGCAGGGAAAAGAAAUAAUAAUAUCUACAACACAAACCAUUAUACAACUUUUAUAUUGAUGAUGGUAGUGGAGAUAGUUGUUUCUUUUGUUCUAGGCUUACUCCCAGGGUUAGAUAAUUUUUCACAUAUCGGAGGGUUUGCUCAAGGUUUUGCACUUUCAAUUGCUUUACUUGAUGAUCCAUUCUUUGUAUUUAUCGAUGGGAAAAUACCUAAAAGAUCCACAAGUCGUUGGUAUAAAGAUUUGAGCUCAAAAAUUAAAUGGAGAUUCUAUACCUGGUGCAUUAUAAGAGUUAUUUUCUUAACUCUUGGAAUCGUUUUCAUGGUUAUGCUUAUUCAUAACUUUUUUGGGUUGAAUCAUAAUUAUACUAAUAAUGGUUGUGGCUGGUGUAAAUAUAUAAACUGUUUGCCUGUUAACGGAUGGUGUGAUCAAGGUCAAAUCUCUGUUACCACAACCACGACUCCCAAUAACAAGAGGGACUUGUUCUCUGCAUUCUAUGAUGGAGGUUAUGCUCAAUCGGGACAGUUUAUGGGUAUCGGAUUUUAUACCGUAAUAGGUAUACUAGGAGCGUCAUUCUGGAUCAAAUUUAAACGUAGAUAG